UUCAUAACUUCUAAUUAAUUUUAAGGUUCGCUUAUAAACUCAGUCCUCUCGUUUUCUAUGCUUUUAUUCGAGUUUCCGUCAAUUUAAAGGUUUAAUUAUAAGUGAUAGGCUAUUUGGCGCGGGGAACCGACUCCCUCUCUCUCUCUCUCUCUCUCUCUCUUAACACCUCACAGUGCUUCAAGUGACAUAUUUUCAUUUGUAUUCGCUUAUAAAGUCAAUGUACCCUCGCAUUUCCUGCCAUAUAAUUAAAGUAUCCGGUUGUACCCCAUGGUGAGGGUCCGCUUGUUUCCACCUCCUUCACCGAGGGAGGGAGGCAGACUGCUCCAGGCGAUUUGGGAUUUUUUUUUUAUUUAUUUAUUAUUUUUUAUUGUCUUCCUCAGUGUACCUGGGAAACACCGUGCAGUGCGGUUGUGUGUGUGUGUCCUCUUUUCAUUUAAACACCAGGGAACGGGACCACAGAGGCACAGGAGGUCAAUUAAGCUGUUUUCAUGCAUAGAGAAGAAUAGAAAGAGGAGGAAAGAAGGAGAAAUGAAGAAGGAGGAGGAAGAAGAGGGAAGGGAAGGAGGAAGAGGAGAAGGAAAAGAAGAAAUAUUAAGAAAAGAUUUUCACUGAAUUUCCAGCGUUUUAAAGUGAGACGGCCCACAGAGUCGCGCCAAAAACGUGGAUCUACAGGCCAGGCAUCUUAUGUUUAACCAGGUGUACAAGGUGCUGGCUUUCAAGGACUCCUCCACACCUACAGACACACGCACACACCACCAGAUACAGGAAGAAUUAAUUGAUGAGCUACAGAACUACAGCAUCGUUCAGGUGGCAGCCGGAGACCAGUACUCUCUUUCUCUCACCUCCUGGGGCCUGAUCUACGCACGGGGUGACAAUGGGUACGGUCAGCUUGGCGUCAACUCCUGCGACAGUCACACCGCCACACGCAAGCUUGUCAAGAGUCUGGCCAGGAAGGUGACAGUGCAGCUGGCCUGUGGCGCCAACCACACCCUUGCCUUGACUGCUGAUGGUGACAAAAUACCUUCGGCCAGUUGGCACUUAGACACCGACAGGGACCCCAGAAGGACCCUGCCCUGGUGACCUCCUUGGCUGGCACCCUCUUAGUCCUGCUGGCCGCUGCGGGUCACCACUCUGCUGCCGUGACCCAGGCCGGCUACCUGCUGUUGUGGGGGUCAAACAAGCAGGGUCAACUGGGCUAUACUCCCAAGGGUGAUCCUCUUGUUAGUGACACCCCAGCGUUGGUGCCGAAUUUGGCCUCUUAUUCUGAACCAAUUGGGUAUGUGGCACUUGGGGAGAGCCACACAGCGGCACUCGACUCUUUAGGGAAGUCUUUCAGCGUGUCAUGCCUGCUCAGUUCACUUCACCAGUAGCAGCGGUGGUGAGAGGUCAAGGUGCAGGUCUUGUGGCUUGACGCAGCUCUUGAAGGAAUUAAAUGGCUCCUCCUUGGCCAAUCAGCACCGAGGCAGAGUUGAUUGAUGUACAGGUGUGAAUUCAGCUGCCUCCUUGCUGUUCCCGUUGCCAGGAUACCAUGUGAUCGAGGCAGUGUUGGGGAAGGUGAAAUUAUUCAUCAGGUGUGACGUGUGCUGCUUCACUCCAUCCCAUGAACAGUUGCCCACAGCAAUCUCUACCACAUCAGGCCUGACAUACUCAUUGCAAUCAGGGAGUCAAGUUUCAUCAGGAAGAGGGGCUGUGUCACUACCUGUAAGCCUGACGAGGUGUUAGUUAAGUCAAGGAGCGUCAUCAGGAAGAGGGGCCGAGUCUUGCUACCUGUAAGCCUGACAAGAGGAGUCAAGGAAUUUUUCAUUGCAAUCAAGGAAGAGUCAAGUUGUAAGAAGAUUGUAAGGCAAGAAUUUUAAGCAGGAAUAAUUGUCAAGCAGUUAACAGCAGGAAGAAUGCAGCGAGAAAAGGGUACAAGAGUUUUCAAGUAAGAAGGUUGUAAGGCAAGAAUUUUAAGCAGGAAAAAGUAAGGUAAGAAUUUUAAGGAAUAAUUGUCAAGCAGUUAACAGCAGGAAGAAUGCAGCGAGAAAAGGGUACAAGAGUUUUCAAGUAAGAAGAUUGUAAGGCAAGAAUUUUGAGCAGGAAGGAUAUUGUUAAGCAGUUUAGCAGCAGGAAGAGUCCCUUCAAGCUGUUGGUGGGAGUGACAAGCAUCCUUCAGGACUUGCAAAGGCUGAAGUCCUCAACACUAGUCUCACUCAAGUUGACACAGGAGCUCUCUGACACAAGGAAAACAAAUCAUUUAUCCUAUUGUGUAUUUAUUAAACUUUUGUGAUUAAACAAUAUAUAUAUAUUAUUAUCUUGUACAUACUUAGGGAAUGAUUAAACAAUAAUGAUUUAUUAAACAAUAUAUAUAUUAUCUUGUACAUACUUAGGGAAUUAUACUAACAAGUUGCAAAUAAACAAGCUUUCUGGUGUAA